CAGCAGCCGCUUAUAAGAAAGAAGCGCUGCCCAGACGGGACGACUCCCUUGGCUCGCUUCUUCUCGUCCUUUACACCCUCUCACGGCUGCUGAAACAGCUCUAUCAAGCAUCGACAAGCAUCGACAAGCUUCGUCCAAGAGCUGCUCUCCCUUGUUUCUUUCAUGCGCUGGGUGCUGAUAUCCACUCCUUAGGCGAACGGCGUUAUAGCGACACGCGAUCGAUAUCCUAAAGAGCAGUUAUCCCGAUCAUUAUACUCUAUAUUCUGUACCUAGAUGGCCGAUUUUGGUCCCAGGGCCCCCCAUGGGCCUGACAUGACGGGCACCCACGACCCGCUGGUCGACAUGCGGCUCCAUGAGAAAGAGGCUUUUGACGCCUUUAUCCGCCCAGACGACUCGUACACGCCGGAGGGUGUCUACUGGGCGGAUCUGCCGCUCAUGAAGAAGAUCCAGUUCGUCACCUCGGUCGACAUGGAGGAGUCCAAGAAGGAGGCCUCUUCGUUUUGGGAGAUGUUCAAGAACGAUCCUCUGGCACCCAUUGGUUUCUACUUCAAAAACAUGGUCUUGCCUGGUGCUGGUCUCGGUUUGGAAGGAUAUGUGCUUUUUUCAAUUGGAAAUAUUAAGCCUCUAUUUCAAAAAGCAUUCCCAGACUGCUGGAAACAUGAAAAGACUUGCGAUCCCACCUGGCUUGCCGCUGUUGAAUACCUAGAAAUCUGCGGUAUCAUCGUUGGUCAGAUAUUGGUUGGUGUUCUCGGUGACUGGUAAGCUUACCUUCUCACACCACAACAAAUAUACAAAAAGCCAGAAACUAACAGCGACAAGGAUUGGUCGUCGUUGGGGUCUGAUUCAAGAUGCAGUCAUCAUGUUGCUCGGUCUCAUCAUGCUUACUGCUGCCUGGGGUGUCACCCAGAACGGCUGGGUUAUCUGCUACGUUUGGUCUCUCUUCUUCUAUGGCAUUGGUGUCGGCGGUGAAUACCCCAUGACAGCCACCUCUGGAAUGGAGAACGCUGUCGGAUCAGGCAAAAUCUCUACCAAGGAAGAUCGUCUUCACCGUGGUCGCAAGGUUACAUCUGCAUUCUUGAUGCAGGGAUGGGGCCAGUUCUUCAACCAGGCCCUCCUCAUUCUUCUCCUGCUCGUUUUCCACCAUGGCAGUGGAAACCCGCCAUACUCGACCCUCUCUGCUCAGUGGACCUACCGUGUCUCCUUUGCCAUCCCUGCAGUUGGAACCCUCUGGCUCGUCUACUACAGAUACUACAAAAUGCGCGCUGCAAGCAAACAGCUGGCAAUCGCAAAGGCCAAGUCCCGCGUCACCGGCUACGACACAGAGUCCCUGCGCCUCACUUUCAAGCACUUCGGUUUCCGUCUCCUUGCUACCGCAGGUACAUGGUUCGCCAACGAUGUCUUCUUCUACGGCAACAAGCUCUUUCAGUCCGAGUUCAUCAGUGUUAUCUCCCCACACACCACUUCCGUCAUGCCCGGAUGGCUGUACAACUUGCUUAACGUUGGAGUCUCCCUCUGCGGAUACUAUCUUGCUUCUUUUCUGAUCGACAACAAGCUCUAUGGCCGCAAGUGGAUGCAGAUCAUUGGAUUCUUGAUGGAUUUCGUCUUCUUCAUCAUCCCUGCCUUCCACUUCGAAUACUAUACCACUCCGGAGCACAUCAAGGAGUUCCAGGCCAUGUAUUUCCUCUCGUCCUUCUUCAACCAAUUCGGCCCCAACUCCGUCACCUUCCUUGUAGCCGCUGAGGUCUUCCCCACUCCUAUCCGUGCCACCGCCCACGGUUUCGCAGCUGCUAUUGGAAAGCUUGGUGCUCUUACCGCAGCCGUUAUGUACAACUACAUCAGCACAACGCAGAAAUUCCACGUUGUCCCCUGGUUCGGUCUCGCCGGUGUCAUCCUCACCUACCUCUUCCUCCCCGACACCACCGGCCUCGACCUCAAGGAGCAAGAACGACGAUGGUUCUACAUCCGCCAGGGUAGAGAAUCUGAGUACCACGGUGCUGCUGUCCACCCUAAGCAUCUCUCUGUCUACGAGCGGUGGACGGGUGUAGGCAAGUACUACGACCCCGAAGCCGACUAUAAGCAGAAAGUCGCUGAGAUGCGAGAAGAGUGGGCUGCUGCUCAGGCACGCAAGGCUGAUGAGAAGGGCGGCUUUGGUGAUGAUGAUCACCACGACUACGAGCCAGUUCACCAUGACGUACACAAGUACUUCGAGCGCACAAGUCCGAUGAUUCUGGGACGGGAAAAGAACGUUCCGAUGAACGAGCAGCUUCCUCCAGCCCACGACAACAGCAGUGACGACGUUGUUGAGCAACACCCUCAUCAAGAUUAA